AAAUCAAAGUAACUUGACUGGGAUCCAAGUGUGUUAUCUAAUCAGCCUGCGGGAAAGCGAGGGGAGGGGAGUGAAUACAGUCUCAUCCAUACCUGCUUUUUUGCUUUUGCCUUCCAUGCAAGAGGACAAUUCAAGGCUUCUGGUUCACUGGCGCUAACUCCUAAUCCUAGCCAUGGGAAGCCUGUUGACAGUUGUGGUGGGACUCCUGAUCCUUAUGCCCCUCUUGGGGAAUAUUUUCUUUCCUUACCUUUGGCUGGAUGUGUCCUUCCUCUUCACCAUGCUACGUGUGGGAUAUAGGUCUCAAAAACGUAUUAGAAGCAACCCGCCCUUUACCAUACUGGACAUCUUCUUAGAGAAAGUCCAGAAACAACCAGAGAAGCCUCUGAUUCUCUUUGAAGAAGAAGUCUACACCUACAGAGACAUCGACAACUGGAGCAGUAAAGUGGCCAGAGUGCUACAAAGCCACGUGGGCCUGAAAGAAAGGGAAACAGUGGCUGUUUUUUUAAAGAAUGUCCCUGCCUAUCUUUGGAUCUGGAUGGGCCUGGAGAAGAUUGGCUGUACCAUGGCCUGUGUCAACUAUAACAUCCGAUCCAAGUCCCUGUUACAUGUGAUCAGCUCCUGUGAAGCCAAGGUGCUACUGACAACACCAGACUUUCAAAGUGCAAUUGAAGACAUCCUGCCUACUCUAAACAAUAAAGGGGUACGCAUUUUCUACCUGAGCGAUGACUCUCCAACUGAAGGCGUGGAAGCUUUGCGGGGACAGAUCAAAUCCAGCUCAGCUGAACCAGUGCCUGCUUCUUUCCGAGCCAAUGUAACUUCCAAAUCAGCAUCCUUGUAUAUUUUCACAUCUGGAACCACAGGGCUACCAAAAGCAGCUAUCAUCACCCACCGAAAAGCAUUAUCAGCAGCUAUUCUAUUCAGCCUGUGUGGGGCCCAUUCAAAUGAUGUCGUCUACAUUCCACUCCCAUUGUACCAUGCAGCUGCGUUGACUGGGAUUGCAUCAUGCAUCGACAUUGGAGCUACAUGUGUCCUGACACCUAAAUUUUCUGUUACAAAGUACUGGGAUGACUGCAGAAAAUACCGUGCCACUGUAGUCCAGUAUGUAGGAGAAAUUAUGCGCUAUGUGUGCAAUGCGCCAAAGAAAGACAACGACAGCGACCACAGUGUCCGGCUAGCAAUAGGUAACGGCAUGCGAAUGGAAGUCUGGAAGGAAUUCCUGGACCGCUUUGGACCCAUACGUAUCUAUGAGAUGUAUGGAGCUACUGAGGGGAAUGCUGGGUUCGUUAACUACACUGGGAAAGUUGGAGCUGUGGGGAGAACCAACUUUUUAAUCAAGAAACUGAUAAAGUUUGAAUUUAUUCAGUAUGACGUUGAGAAAGAUGAGCCUAUGAGGGACAAGAAAGGAUAUUGCAUCCCAGUGGCUAUAGGUGAAACUGGUUUAAUGGUGACCAAGAUCACUGAGAAUGCCCCAUUUGAAGGCUAUGCGGGAGACGUGCAAAAGACAGAAAAGAAAAUGCUUCGGGAUGUCCUGAAGAAAGGAGACUGCUACUUUAAUAGUGGUGAUCUUCUGAUGCAAGACCACGAAGGCUUUAUAUAUUUCCAGGACCGGGUAGGAGAUACCUUCCGCUGGAAAGGGGAGAACGUGGCCACUACAGAGGUUGAAGCGACCUUGGUAGAAGUCGACUUUAUUCAGGAAGUUAAUGUAUAUGGGGUACCAGUGCCAGGGCAUGAAGGAAAGAUUGGGAUGGCUGCCGUACGGCUCAAAGAAGGACAUUGCUUUGAUGGAAAGAAGCUAUAUCUCAAUUCCAAAGAUUAUUUACCUAAUUAUGCCAUACCUCGAUUCAUUCGUAUCCAGGACUCUCUGGAGAUCACAGAGACAUUUAAACAACGCAAAGGUCAAUUGGUGAAGGAAGGAUUUGACCCCAUCAUCAUCAAUGACCCCCUGUACUUCUUAGAUGAUUCAGAAAGAUGUUAUGUGCCCAUGACUCAGGAGAUUUUCACCUCCAUCACAGAGAAGAAACUGAAGUUGUGAAAAGAACUCUUGUCAGGCAGUGGUCUCCAUGUUCCAAAUGAGACAGGGAAGCUAGGAAGAACUGUGACCUCUUGGUUUCUGCCCAAUUUUGAUACUGAAAUAUAGUUUGGAGUGGGUCAUAUAAAUGUAAGUUGACUUUUUUUGGAUCCAUGUGAGAUACUUGAUGUGGCAUAAAACACAUGAGAAGCAGUAAAAUGCAGUAAAAAUCUUUUUUUUAAAUGCCCUUGGUAAAAAAUUAUAUUGGAAUAUUUUCUCCAUGUUUACAUGCAAGAAUGAUAAAGCUGCCCCUCCCCCUGGAUAAAGAUUGAGAGCAUUUUGUUCCCUUUUAUCUUCUAAUUUGCAUUUUAGAUUUUUUUAAACAGAAAUUUUAUGAAAAGGAUUUUUUCUUACACAUAAAUGCUAUUUUUCUGGACAAAAUAAAAUUUUGUGCAAAAUGGA